UCGUCGCCUGUUUUAUGCAUAUGACAAUGGAAAAUGGAUCAAUCAGGUUGUGGGUAAAAACCAGUUUUAUAAGGUUCCCGAAACAGUCUCUAAUUUUCUUCAACUUGAAAAUGCUGACUCAUAUACAGGACAUUCAUUUCGAAGAUCGUCUGCUACACUUUUAGUUGAAUCUGGGGGAGACUCGAUGACACUAAAGAAGCAUGGCGGAUGGAAGUCAUCAACGGUCGUUGAAGGGCAUGUUGAUGAAUCGGUAGCACACAGGGCAGAAAUAGCUAAUAACUUGUUUAGAACGUGUGGUAGAGCUGAAAUAACACCCGAUUUGUGAUCAAGUAUGUACAUCAA